GCUGCUCUCUCUCUCUCUCUCUCUCUCGCCUUGGAGCUCUCUUCGUCCCUGCCCUGUCUAAGCUGUCCCGGACAUCAUCGUUUGAGAUUCUAUGGGGCAGAACUAAGAACCCAAACGGUGAGUCGAGCUCUUCCUACUCUUCCAUACUUUCGGUUCCUGUUCUGGUCUAGUGCCUCUGUUUUAUCAUCUUCUUCAUCGGGCUACGUUUGCCAAGCGUUUCACCUGUAGGCAGUCGCAGUUGGAAGAAUGUCUCGUGAAUGAUGCUGAUGGCUGCCUCGUUCUGUGAUGUCAACCUGGGCUGUGGUCUUCGCAAGCUCCAUGACUUCCACUCAAUCCGGAAUGGGAAGACAAGGUCUCAUGCACAUGCCCAAAAUCUAUGUUCCUAUUCUAAGCAGCAUAUAUAUCUCAAAAGACUAGACAUUAAGCAAGUGGAAGUCAAGCGAAGAUUUAAGCUUCACCAAGUUUCUUCUGGGAAGAAUGCUCAUAGUUCUGAAUUGGCAAAAGAAGAUGAUAUUUCCAUGGCAACAUUGAUAUGGAGGGCAAUCAAGUUGCCAAUUUACUCUGUUGCUCUUGUUCCUCUUACGAUUGGUAGUGCAUCAGCCUAUCUGCAGUCAAGCACUUUCCCUGCAACGCGUUACUUUGUGCUCUUGGUUUCCUCAAUUCUUGUGAUCACUUGGCUAAAUUUAAGCAAUGAUGUUUAUGAUUUCGAUACAGGAGCAGAUAAAAAUAAGAGGGAAUCAGUUGUGAACCUGAUCGGAAGCCGAACAGGAACUCUUCUUGCAGCCUAUAUGUUUCUUGUUCUUGGCUUGAUAGGUCUGACAUGGGUGUCCCUAGAGGCAGGACAUUUACGUGCGAUGCUGUUACUGACUUGUGCUAUCGUCUGUGGUUAUAUAUAUCAGUGUCCACCAUUUCGAUUAAGCUACCAUGGACUUGGAGAGCCCUUGUGCUUCGCAGCAUUUGGACCUUUUGCUACUACGGGCUUUUACUGGUUAAUGGGCAACAACAGUAGCGUGAACUAUCUUCCCUUAACUGGAACUGUUCUGUGCGCGUCUCUCCUUGUUGGCUUCACAACCUCUUUAAUACUCUUCUGCAGUCAUUUUCAUCAGGUGGAAGAAGAUACGACAGUUGGGAAAAUAUCCCCUCUGGUUAGGCUUGGCACAGAGAAAGGUUCAUCUGUUGUGAAAGUGGCGAUCACAGCACUCUAUUCUCUUCUAUUAACUUUCGGUCUCAGCAGAGAUCUUCCCUCUAGUUGCGUUAUACUGUGCCUUCUGACCUUACCUAUGGGAAACCGGGUCGUUAGCUUUGUGGACGAGAAUCAUGAGGACAAGCGAUCAAUUUUCAUGGCAAAGUAUUAUUGCGUGAGGUUACAUGCUUUGUUCGGAGCUUCAUUAGCUGCUGGAUUGGUGAUAGCUAAAUUUGUCUCCAAGAGAUAUAUUCCAAGGUUGAUCUUAGCCUAAGUUCUCGACCUCGCCUCAUGCAUCAAGGACUUGAUGAGGUACGAGCUUCCAAGCGGAAAGUCACGAAGUACUUGGUUGGGCGCUUGGUUGGAUUACGACCAUGCGUCAAUGUUGCCAAGAAAAGGCCACAAUUUUGCAAUCUGUUUGUAGUUGUAUUAAAGUAUGGACUUGCCUUUCUCUGCUAGAUGAGCAGACUUAGGUACUAAUUCUGUUUACAUUUAUGUAUACAAAAAGGAAACCAAUUUAUACAUCAUUCUUAGUUAUAAUGUGUAUUAUUAAGUUAUCUUAUGCAUGAUUAUCGAUUGA